AUGCUACAGAAAGCAAGUAAGCGUCUUCUCCCUCCACAAGGCCUGUUCCACACCUUUGCCAUUGCUCCCCGCUCCCUGUUGACUGGCACGCUCCGUGCACGCAAGGCGCUGGCGGGGGAGGUCGGAGCCCUAGCCGCGAGCCCUCUCCGCGGCCUGCCUGCAGAGCAGCAGCUCCGACCUCCUCAUCAUGGCGGCGGCCGGGCGGGGAAGCCGGGCCGUGCGUCGCGUGCGUGCCCUCUCCCUCCCCUCCCCCUCCUCGGCGGCGGCGGCGGCGGCAGAAGCGGCAGCGCUCGCCAUUGCCGCUGCUAUUUCAGCCCCGGCGCAGCCGCAACACGCCGCCCGCCAGCCGGCCGGCCGGCCCGCCCCGCAGCCGGCACCCUGCCGCCCCCGGCUCCGGGCCUGGGCCCCCGCCGGAUUCGGCCCGCCUCGGGCGGGGGGCCCCGGCCCGGCCCAGCCAAACCGCCACCCCGAGGAUGCGCAGGCCGCACUAGGCCCCAGGCGUCCUGGCGGGCUUGGGAGGGAGGCGCUGCCCUCCCGAGAGCCCCAGGGUUCCGGCCUCCCUCGCUGCCUGGGGCUCUCGGGGCCGCGGCCUUCUCCCCGCCGUGGAACCCGGGGCCCGGCCUUCCCGCGGCUCGGGAGCGGGAGGCGCGGGAGAGUGCGCCGGGCCCGGGAGCGGGAGGUGGGCGGGCUGCGCGGGACCGGAGCCGCGGCUCUCUGCUCGCCCCCUCGGCCCUUCCCGGCUCUCGUCCGCGGGCGGGCGGUGCGGCGGGGCCGGGCUGGGGCGCGGGAGCCGCUGUCUUCUGCGGGAGAGGAGGCUGGCUCUUUGGGCGGCCUCCGAAGCUUCCCUCCUGCCGGGUGGUGUGGGGUUGUUACCCAGUUGAGAUGUGCCCGCGGAGGGGCCACGGUUCUUCCUGUUCCUGGGGUGGUGGUCCCCUGGGUGACGGAGAGGGGGAGUGGCAUGCCCCUCCGAAGGAACUGAACCUUUUGCUACUGGAAAGACAGGGUCUCUGAGAUGGCCGUCUGCAUGGUAUUUUCCCAUAUCCCCAGACCUUUUCGGGUUUGCCAUUGCGUGUUGUGCACUCCACCGUGCAGUGAUGUCUGCUGCCUCUCUCACCUGUUGUGUCGGGGCUGCUGAUCCCAAAGUUUCCGCAGUGUAUUUGGUUGUGCCCACCAGAACUUGAAGUUGUUUAAAAAUCUUAAUAUUUGGGGGGGCUUCCAGUGAUAUGUGCUCCAACCAGUUGGAGGAGCUGUUGCCUGCUCUCCAUUCUUAUCAAGCAUUAGAUUAGAAUAUAUUAAUUGCUUAUUUUAGAGCUGGUGUCAAUCGUGCUGAAUUCUUUCUGUGGACAAAGCAAAAUUCACAUUUUCUUAAGUGUUCAGAGACCGUGUAUUGAGAGACGCAUAAGGAGAAAGGUAGUGUGAGUGAGCCUGUCAGCUUAGGCAGUCGUUGGGCAGAGCUUUUGUCCCGGGACAUCAUCUGUGCUCACAGUGUGAUCCUUUUUCCCAUCCCAUCUCAGCCCAGGCUUUUAAAAAAUUCUUUUUCCUUUGGGCUUGACCAGUAAGUAAUUGGGAAAGGGCGGUGUUAGAGUCUUGGAGAUGCUGUUUGUGUGUCUGUGUGUGAGAUUCGUUAGUAUCCCGACUCCCUAAAAUUGUGUUUGACAGUUCUUGACAGUUUACCCGGUAAGACAGUGAAAAUAUGACUAGUUCUCUCCGUGCAUCCAAGUAAUUUCCUUAUGAGUCCGAAAGCAGACAUAAUUAUCACAUGCAAUGUAGAAUAUUUACUCUUAACUCAGAUGCUAAAUUGUGUGCAGAAUUUUUUUGUGUCAAGGGGCUUUUUUUGUCUUUUUAUAGGACUUAGUGGCUUUCAGCAGGGCCCAUGA